GGCUGGAGACAGUCGUGGGGACAGCCGAACAGCCGAAAGGAGAGAGCGACCUUGAGGAUUUGCCCUGCCGGCUGAUCAUGGCUGGACAGCAGCAGCAGCAGCAGCCCCCUUACCUGCACCUGGCAGAGCUGACGGCAACUCAGUUCUUGGAAAUCUGGAAACACUUCGAUGCAGAUGGAAAUGGGUAUAUCGAAGGCAAAGAGCUAGAAAACUUCUUCCAAGAGCUGGAAAGGGCAAGAAAAGGAGCUGGCAUGGAUUCAAAGAGCAUCAGCUUUGGAGAGAAGAUGAAGGAGUUCAUGCAGAAGUAUGACAAGAACUCAGAUGGCAAAAUCGAAAUGGCUGAGCUGGCUCAGAUUUUGCCCACAGAGGAGAACUUUCUACUGUGCUUCCGGCAGCACGUGGGCUCCAGUGCAGAAUUCAUGGAGGCUUGGCGAAAGUACGACACAGACCGAAGUGGCUACAUAGAAGCUAAUGAGCUUAAGGGAUUCCUGUCAGACUUGCUCAAGAAGGCGAACCGGCCCUACGACGAAUCCAAACUCCAGGAGUACACACAGACCAUACUGCGAAUGUUUGACAUGAAUGGAGAUGGGAAACUAGGCCUGUCAGAGAUGUCACGACUGUUGCCUGUACAGGAAAACUUUCUACUUAAAUUUCAGGGCAUGAAACUGACCUCAGAAGAGUUCAAUGCCAUCUUCACGUUUUAUGACAAGGAUGGAAGUGGUUACAUUGACGAGAAUGAAUUGGAUGCCCUUUUGAAGGACCUCUAUGAAAAAAACAAGAAGGAAAUGAACAUCCAGAACCUCACCAACUACAGGAAGAGCGUCAUGUCUCUGGCCGAGGCGGGGAGGCUCUACCGCAAGGACCUGGAGAUCGUGCUCUGCAGCGAGCCCCCGAUGUAGAGAGGCACCCUCCCGUUCCUCAAAACAUUCCCCCCUAACCCGACCUCUCCUGCCAAGGCCCUUAGAGCGUGAGACACUCCUCCAUGGAUUUAUCCGUACGCAAGCAGAGGAGGAGAGGAGGUGGGAGCAACUGCUGACAGGCAUUUAACGGAUGUUCGGGGCCCAAAUCCACCCCUCUUCCCUUUCCCCGUCCUGGGUUAGAACCGCUGCUCUGCUUGUGACCUGGAUUGCCAACUGCAUCCACAGUGGGAGGGAGGGAGGGAAGGACAGGGCCGUAACUGUCCUCGCUGUGGUGCAUGAGCUCAUCUGUUAUUUGAUUUAGGCUACUGCGCUCCAUAGGGUGGUGUGACCCAUGGAGAUUCCCCCCACCAACCCAACCCCUGGUUUCUUCCGAUUCCCCCUUCCCCCCCGCAGCCGGUGAUGUAGUUUGUUUCCCCUCCAACUUCCUGGCGACCAAAUCCUGUUAUUUUUGUUUCUUUCUCCGGUUUUGUUUUCCUACCUUGUCUUAUUGUUUACCAAAGAAGAGUUUACAACGAAUAAAACUUACAGUUCCGCUACCGAAGCCCACCCA